UGAUCUCACCUCCUCUCCACCCCUCUCCUGUCUAUCGCUGCUGCUGCCAGCCUCCAAAAAAAAAACAAAAAACGAGCGCAUACAUCCGCUUGCAGAGCUGGUACCUUAUAGACACGGCGAGGUACUUUAUACUGAGACUUCACGGUGGAUUUCCAGGAGCUGGACCACUACUGAGCUGCCUAGAGCCCAGAGCCAUGGAAGAACUUACGGCAUUCGUGUCGAAAUCUUUCGAUCAGAAAACCAAGGAGAGCAGCAAAGAGAGUAUCACGUACAGGGAAGUUUUGGAGAGCGGCUUGACGAGGGCGCGGGAGCUGGGCAGCCCCGACUCGAACCUGCAGGACAUAACGGAUGGCUGCCCGGUGCAUCUGUUCAAGGACCAUGUCGAGCUGGAAAAGGAGAAACUGAAGGACUUUAAUGUUUCCCGGGCGACAGACGGGAUUUACGAGUGUAAGGACAAGAAGGAGGACGUGAAGUCCGAGGACGAGGACGCACAGGGCAAACUGAAGCAGCGGAGGAGUCGCACGAACUUCACGUUGGAGCAGCUGAACGAGCUGGAGCGGCUGUUCGACGAGACGCACUACCCGGACGCGUUCAUGAGAGAGGAGCUGAGCCAGCGGCUGGGGCUGUCCGAGGCCAGGGUGCAGGUCUGGUUUCAGAACAGAAGAGCAAAAUGUCGAAAACAAGAAAACCAGAUGCACAAAGGUGUUAUUCUGGGCUCAGGCAGUCACCUCGACGCGUGCAGAGUAGCACCCUAUGUCAACAUGGGCGCCCUGCGGAUGCCCUUCCAACAGGUCCAAGCCCAGCUCCAGUUGGACGGCGUCGCCCACUCCCACCCCCACCUGCAUCCUCCUGGCUGCUCACGCUCCCUACCUGAUGUUCCCGCCCCCUCCCUUCGGACUACCAAUCGCAUCCCUCGCCGACUCGGCCUCGGCGGCGGCGGCGGUGGCGGCAGCUGCCAAAAGCAACAGCAAGAACUCGAGCAUCGCCGACCUGCGACUCAAGGCAGGACUUCUGCGGGGCCAGUGGCUCAGUCCACUCCAGGCACAGAUCACAUCCCAAGGACCGUACAAACACAUGUGGAUGUCUGUCUGAGGGCCGGGUCCGGGGCCCCCGGCAGAGCAGAGGACGUUAGCAAAGCAAACGGGCAGGCAGAAGCAGCAGGGCCAAAAAAGCAGAGCCUCCGCCGCUGAGGUCUGCUGCCAUGUUGACAGUGCGGAGGGGGGUUGAACAUUUUUGUGGAAACUGACACACGGAGGCUAUGGAAGGACUCUCACCUUUACAACCCCAUUCCCCUCUCUCUCUCUCCCCCUCCCCACCUUCACUUUUAAAACAAACAAAAAAACACAUUAAAAAACGGCCAUAUUUGUCUCCAACCACUGUGUUCCCUGCUGCUGCAGAGUGCAUGAACUCUAACGGAGGACCACACCUGAUAUAAACAACUGUUUUUAACACUGCCGUUCUCCAUGCCCACAACCCCUCCUGCAAAGACAAUGCUCGCCAUCACGGUUUGAUUCCCCUCCUUCUUAUGGACUUGUGCUUAAACAAAAGCGACAACUUUAUUGUUCCUUUGCUGCAGAAUGGAGAAACGCUCUCCCCCUCCUCUAUCUGUCUUUAUUUCUUUCUCUUUUUUGUGUUGUAUCCCGGGUAAAGAAGUGAAGAUAGCCUUUGCACUUCAGGGUCUUGUAGGUGGGUGUUUUACAAAUGGCACUACAAGCAGAUACUACUUUACUAAUUAAAAAAAAAAAAAAACAGGGGAAGAGGGCGGGGUUUGAUAUUGUCAUGUGAUCCGCAAAAAGGACAUUAUCUUGGAUAAAGGGUAUAAAAAAACGUUUUGUUUUUUCUCUCCUUUCUUUCUUUUUUUUUUCUUUGUAAUUCUGAAAAAUAUGAAGAAAGCAUCAGUCAAACUGAAAUGCAAUGGUGUGCAGUUUAAGUGCAAUACUGUAAAUAGCAAAAAAAAAGUAGGAAAAAAAAAAACAGCUAGCAGUUAAUCCUCAACGAUAAAGAGACCCGAUGAUUUUUCAUUUGUUGUUUUUUUUUCAUGCACUGUUGAGAGUGUUGAAGUUCUUUGCCAAACACACCCGUUUUUCUACAGCAGUGUGUAUUUUAUUGAGUUGGAGAAAAGUCACUCAUUAUUUUAAGGUGCCAUAUCCUGUAAGCAGUUUUGUGUACAUCAGGUACAAAUGAUGAGGACGACAUGAGCACAUUUUUUUCGAUGCUGCAGAAAUAGCGGUUGGGGUUUGAAACAUCACAUGAGAGAAAAACUAUUUUUUGAAUGGUGGGUAGUUUUCAAAAUCAAAUCAAAAUCAGCCUUGUAACCCAAAAACAAGCGGUUGUUUACAUUAUCAAAAGCUUAAUUCUGCAUGUUAAAUGUGACUUUUCACCAUAAUUUUUUUUCAAAAUGAUUCUGUUCCUUCCAAAUUUAAUCCAGACAAAAGCGAGCAUUUGGAUUGUGUUAGACUUCAAGGAUUGUUUAGGAAAGCCUUUUGGACACUGCUGUAAGAGCUGCGCCACACAUGUCGAUCUGUACCUCUAACAGUCUCCCAAAAAAAAAAGAAGAAGCAUUUUCUCUGUUAUCAGACCUCCAUUUAGAACCGUUUAUCUAUAUGUCUCCAUUUUAAAUUAAACAUAUUGGUGUUUUAUUUAUUAUUUUGUCUGAAAGUCUAUGAAAGAUGAAAUAGUCGAACUACAAGUGUACAUUUUUAUAUGGCUUUGCAUUUAUUUUUGUAUGUUUUUUUUUUUUUUUUUUUUCAAGUGUUCAAUUUGAAUUAGGAGGUGUGGCUGUAGUGCAUCGUCUGCCUAAAGGAAAAAAAGAAAAAAAAGAAGUAGCGUGUCCGAGUUUACAAACAUUUCAGGGAUGGUUGAAUUGAACAAUACUCCAUGGAAUUUGUUGUACCCAUUAAAAUGAUUCUCAUUUCAUAUGCAAGCAUGCCUGAACAUGGAUCAUCGUACCGUUUGUUUUUCCCCCCUUUUUGAUUCACAAAAUAUGAAUGUACAUCUUGUACAAGUAAACUAUCAAUAAAGUUAUAAAUAUUUGUA